CAAAAGUGAAUACAGGAAGAAGGUGCUGUGUGACUAAAAGGAGAAUUUACGUUCAUUUCACACCUAGCUUGCUAUUUUGUAACGAUCUUUGUACAUCAACAGCAACUCCAUGGAUUUAGAAGUGAGAAGUCUACACGGCUAGAGGAGUUUCAUUUUUUAGUUCAAACUUGUAACAAACACCUGUUAGUUGGUUCGGAUCACGUUCACACCAUAAACGAACCGCUCUGGAGUUCAGUUGGAACCGUACCGAGACCGCCAGUCAGAGUAAGGCUACAUAGGAAUCGUUUUGGUCCACACCCGAGUACGAUUACUGUUCACACCUGCACAAACGAACCGUACCAACGAGGGAAAUCAACCCGAGUUCGAUUUAAACGGAUUAAACACAGCAGGUCUAAUUGUGACAACAACUGGAGUAAUACAACCAUGCAAGCAGAUGAAGGCAGAAGUUUAACAUUAUAACUGAGUAGUAAUUUCACAGUGCUACCUCUACUGCAAAAAGACCAAAGGGAGAGAAAACAUCAAAACAAGAAGAUGGCCUUCUGAGGGAUUGGAUUAUGGAAUUAGUGGAAAGAAGAUCAACCACCAGCCACCCAUCAGUCACAGAUUUUUACUAAAAACAUCUUGAAGGGGAAGCAGUUCAAAUUGGAAGAAGAGUUUUAUUGAGUAAUGUGCCAAUUACUAGCCAAUGUGCCAUUACUAGCCAAUGAGUAAUGUGCACUCACUGGCUAGAGGCUCCAACUAUGAGAGGGAAAAGGAACACAAUGUUCUUGGAAAGCAGUGACGAGGAGGAGCAGCUAGGAGCUACUAAAUAUGAGGAACUGAUUAAGCAAACGUUAGAAAAGAGAGUCAAGCUCCCAGCAGAUUUAAGGACUUUUAUCAAAUCCAGCCAUGCCAUCUCCAAGUACCAGACUCUCUUUCAAAACUUUAGACAUCCUGUUUUCAUAGAAGUGGGAUCAGAUCUGGUUCUGUCCAGUUUGUCCUCUGCUGACCUGGAUGAGGCUCUGGCAGCAGUGGUGAACGAUCUGAGUGUGGAGAUUGUGAAGCUGCAGGGAAGUGCAGCGGUACCUCCAGAUCUUGACAGAAUGAAAGAAGUCCUGAUGAAAGCCAAGAACAAAGAAAACGCUCAUGAGCUCAAAGUGGAUAUCAGCUUUGUCCCAGGAUCUAAUGGAUCUGCCGCAACCAAAGUAAGACUGGUGGGCUACAGUGAAAAUGUGAGGAAGCUCACUGAUGUUCUUCAUGACUUCCAGACAAAUCAAGUCACAACUCAAGAAAAAAUCACUCUCCCCCAUCCUGAAAUGGUUGAUUGUUUUCAUAAAAUCUUAGACCUGACUGCCAUGAAACAGACCAAGGUUCCUUUAAGAGCCUCAUAUGUUCCAAAUCCACAUGUGUCUGUAUCUGGACCCCGAUGCCAGGUUCAGGAGGCCAAACAGGCCCUAAUGUCAGCUCUAACCAGUCUGACAAUAGAAACUUUGGCUCUGGAUGGAGCAGGGGCUGAGCGGUACUUCAAGACUGAUGGUAAAGUGAGUAAAGAGCUGGUAGAGAACUCCUGUUGUGUCAUCAUCCAAGAAAAGCGAACUGUAGUCACCCCAAAUGUGAGCACAAAAGCAUAUGCCAGCAACACUGUUACUAUCACACCCCAAACUUUGAUUACUGGAAGGUCCAGGAGGACUCUGGCAACCACAACAAUCCCAUAUGUUGAUGUUAGCAGUUUGGUUCAACAGGUUUACGGUGACUCCUACAAAAACAACUUGAGCAUGAAACGGGAAAACCAAGACCUACGUGUCCUCUGUACUACUCAUCAGCGGUCCAGCUUCCUGUUCCUGGGCCUUGGUAAAAAGAGUGUCCAUGAUGCAAUGAAGAAGGUAAAAGAUCUGUACCAGGCUCACUGCUCCACAAAAAAAAUCACAAAGGAGGAGCUGGCGGACCUCACCCAGGAUGAAAUAAAGGAUCUGCAGAAGCUAGUGGAGACCCAGGGUUUGCAUGUACAGCAGGACCAGAGUGGAGAUGGAGGCUUGGUAGUCAGCGGGUUAAAAGAUGGGGUUACCGAGCUGAUACAGAUGCUUCACGCUGCUGCUCGUCUACGGAGAGAAGUUAGAGCUAGGGAGGAGGAUGAUUUGUACUCUGAUGUGGCGUGGUGCAUCCUGGGAUAUCAUGGUAGCUGGGAAAGGCUCCCCAAAACUGAUAAUUAUAACAUAGAGCAUGAUAUCAAGAAAGAGAUAGUGGACACACACGGAAACAUGUGGAGCGUGGAUCUGCAGAAGAUGGAAGCCAGAAGUCGGUUAGCUACAAAAACCAAGCUAAAACGACUGGAGAAUCGCCUAGACUUUCCUCUUCCUUUGUACUGGGACAAUAUGGCUAGUGGUGAAAAUAUAAAAGCGGUUGCAUUGGAGCCUUCCUCUUCAGAGUACCUCAAAGUAAAGGCGGCCUUCACGCAAACAGUUCAGAAGAAUAUAUUGAAAAUUGAACGCUUGCAGAAUGUGCAUUUGCGGCAAAGCUACGAAGUGCAAAAGAAGAAGCUUUCUGAAAAGAACAGACAGGAAGGGGGUGCGGGUGAAAGGCUUCUAUAUCAUGGGACGAGUCAGGACAGCUGUGACUCCAUCAUAAAAGAUGGAUUCAACAGGAGCUUUUCUGGGAAACAUGCAACUGCAUAUGGUCAGGGGACCUACUUUGCUGUAAAUGCCAGCUAUUCAGCCAACCCUGGCUAUUCAAUGCCAGCUGCUGAUGGUUCUCAGAGAGUAUUUGUGGCCCAAGUCCUCACUGGUGUCUACACUCAGGGCAACAGCAGCAUGAAGGUGCCUCCGCCUCGCAACAAUCAGCCUGAUGACCGUUAUGAUAGUUUGGUGGACCAAAUAGCAAACCCAAGCAUGUUUAUUAUUUUCAAUGAUAACCAGGCUUAUCCAGAUUACCUCAUUACCUUCUGUUAGUGCUUCAUCAUGGAGAUGAAGCUAUACAGCUAAUACAUUUUCAACACAGCAUUACCAUCAGUAAUCUGAAUAGUCAGGCCCCAUCUUAUGUUAAAGACCUCAUAGUACCGUAUCGCCUCUAUAGAGUACUUUGCUGUCAGACUGCAGGCUUACUUUUGGUUCUCGGGAUAUUUAAAAGUAGUGUGGGUUAAGAUUAGGCUUAAAACUUCAAUUUUUGAUUAAGCAUAUGUUUAGUGCAGAUGACCCUCAAUCCUCCUUUAGUUACGCUUUAGUUUUUCCUUCCCACUCUCGGUCAGGACUGUCAGUACUUGCUCAUAGGGGGCUGUCUGAUGUUUGGGUGUUUCUCUUUAUAUCUGUAUUAUUAUUGUCUUUAUUUUACAAUGUGAAGUGUCGACUUUUGUGAUUUGGUGUUAUAUAUGAAUAAAACUGGACUGAACUGAA